CCAUUACUUUAUAUCAUCUUGUAGUGGCGGCGAAUACUAAGGUGCAUUAAUUGGACCACCAGAUGGGUUUAGUAAUAGUAGUACACUAUAUAAAAAUAUAAAUGCGUUAAUCUACCAUAUAAAAGCCCUUUUGCAAAAGCAAAAUGGCACUAUCAUACUACUCGUACUAUUCUAUGGCUUCUUUCAAGUGUUUCAUAGCAUGUAUUUCAGUGCUCAUCAUUCUUAGCCUUUCUAGUAAUGUUGAAGCUCGUAGUAAAGAGCAGCUUUCGAUUGAUUACUACUACUACACUUGCCCGAAGGUUUUGGAUAUCGUCCGCGACACCGUGGUAGAAGCUAUUAAGAACGAGACUCGAACUGGUGCCUCCUUGCUUCGCCUUCAUUUCCAUGAUUGCUUUGUCAAUGGAUGUGAUGGAUCCGUACUAUUGGAUGAUAAUGCAACAUUUACCGGAGAAAAAAAUGCAUUCCCUAACAGUAAUUCACUUAGAGCAUUUGAUGUGGUAGAUGUCAUCAAAGCUCGAUUGGAGAAGGCCUGCCCACUUAUCGUCUCUUGUGCUGAUAUCCUCGCUAUUGCUGCUCGUGAUUCCGUUUAUCAUUUAGGAGGUCCUACUUGGGAUGUAAGAUUGGGAAGAAGAGACUCUCUGACAGCAAACUUAACAGCUGCCAACGUAUUUAUCCCAGCACCAUCUUCCAAUAUCACUCUUCUUAAAUCUAAUUUUGCAGAUGUAGGAUUAUCAUUCAAAGACUUGGUGUCACUUUCUGGGGCACAUACAAUAGGCUUUGCGAGGUGCACAACAUUUAGGUCAAGAAUUUACAAUGAUAGAGAUAUUAGUCCACCAUUUGCUCAAAAAUUAAGAGGAGAGUGUCCUCCUGUUGGAAACGACGACGUUUUGCAAGGAUUGGACCUAAAAACUCCUUCACAUUUUGAUAAUUUAUAUUACAAGAAUUUGUUGACUAAAAAAGGUUUGCUUCAUUCAGAUCAAGAGAUAUACAAUAGCAACAAAGCUGAUCCAAUUGUUAGAAAAUAUUCAAGAGAUGUUUCCAAAUUUUAUAGGGAUUUUUCCAAAGGUAUGAUUAAGAUGAGUGAAAUUAGCCCUCUUCUUGGUAAUGAAGGUGAGAUUAGACAAAAUUGUCGAGUAGCCCGAUAAUUAGCUGGGUGAUCUAAUUGAUUAAUUAAGUUGUUUCUCAUCAUGUGUUGAAAUGUGAUUAAUUACAUAGCUAUUUUUUAGUUCCUUUUUUUUUUUUUUUUUUGGUGAUUAUAUACACAUUAGUGUUCAAAGUAUAUAGGAGUGUAUAUUACUCCUCUUUGUUUAUGUACAUUAGGAAAUUUUCAACCCAAAUUUUGUAACAUUCUUAAAAUGCUAUGAAAUAGUUAUUCAAGUUACCAAUAUUAUUAUGUACUCCAUAUAAUACUAUCGAGUGUUCAUUUUGAUAUUGUUUUUUGGUACUUUACAAUAUAGCAACCAAAG